CCAUCAUCACCCCUCACUCGCCGCUACCGCUCUUAACACUACAACCACUACUACUCCUACUACGAGCACAACCUCUACCACCUACCUCUAUACUACUAAAAUAAAAACGUCCCACCCUCUCUAUUCCUGCUACGACUACACUGUCAGAGUCAACACGGCAACUCCUGCCACCACCACCGAGAAACCAGGUACCCACAGCAGCGAUGGGAAGAAAGUCAACGGAAACUAUCAAAACCAGCAAAACCCCCAAGUACAUCGCCGAAACCGGCAUGACCCCCAACCAGUACUUUGAUCUAAAAGUUCACAUUAAGUCCAUUACCCUCCCUGGCACACCCGGAUUCGAAGGUAAACGUUUCAGUAGCAGGGAGAGCGAGAGGGCUUACCGUCAAUGGCUCCAUAACGCCCUUUUGCAGCUCGGGCCGAAGUUUUUUCCUGGGGGCGGAAAGGGGUUGGCUUGGCCGCAGGAUUACGAAGGGUAGGUUUUUUUCUCGAUUUGUUUCCCAGCAUUCGAAAGGGUCCGAUGGAUUAACUUUGGCAACGGUAGCAUUCAUAAGGCUGUCCAUCAGGUUGUUAGGUCUUUGAGUUACAAGAUAAGGAAGAAUUAUGCGAACCAGGUGGAAAGGGUGAGUGUGGCCGGAGGAAAGGCGUGGAAUGACAAAACGAAAGCGGAGACUCCUGAAGCCGGUGAUCGCUGUGGAUGUGGGCCUAUUUGUGAUUCUGAUGUUGAUGAGGGCGUGGUGAUGAUCGAUAAGGAAGUUGGGCGGGAACAGAACCAGGUGGAGGAGGUGACGGUAACUAAGCAGCACCAUCAGGACAGGGAGGUGACGGAAGAAGAAAUGAAAGCGGCGGCCAUAGGGUUGGAAGACCUAUUAGAUUUGAUGAGGGUACGUCUCCCUUUUCCUCCAUCCUGAUUUAUCCCUAUGGAAGCUAACUUCCAUUUACAAUAGCCCGAGGUGUCUCCUCAGCUCCCAGACCUGACUAUGGAAGAUUUCGACUGGGAUGAAGUUGCGGAUACCGAAUGCCCAGAACUAGUGGUGCGCGGGUUAUCCUGCAAACUUGGACCGACAGGGUCUCUAGUUUCGUGGUGCUGAGAGGAGAUCCCGGAGGAGCAUAUUGUCAGCCUUGCCUUCUCUCCGGGAAUCGACAACUUAAUAUGCACCUUUGUUUUUCCUACUUACAUCCGUCACUCGAGGCGGCAUCAUCUCUUUGUAACAUAAUUUAUGCUUGUGUAGUUCCCGAAAACGCUUGAGGCUAAACCAAAUAUAAGCUCUUCUUUUAUUUUCAACUAGAUUGAGAUUGAUUCCCGCCUCCACAGAUUAUAUAGUGGAAUUUCUAUUGACGAGAUCACGGGCCAAGUAAAUUGUAGCGUGUUUGAUAUGACCUCGAUCUGUGGAUCGACCACGCUACCUACCGGAUGUCACCCAGCUUAUCACCAACAACGCCAAUGGAAUGACUGUGGGGCAGUACUAAGUUACACCCACAAGACAGUUUUUCAUGCAUUCCAAGACCCAUUUAUCCAGCUAAGUACCGGUACGUGUACGAUCGUACAGUACUGUAAGUCAAACAACUAACCUCCUCCAUCCCUACCAGCAUGCUUUUGUCUCUCACUUACCUCGACUCACAAAUUCACUGGGAACGCCCCGGAACCUAAGCCCGAAAUCCGGUAAUCAGAAGAUGUUAAAAUUGACCCCGAAAGGUGACACCGUUUUCCAAUUUUUUCCAUCAAAAUCCUUCCUGUUUCAGUCAGGGUGUUCUGCUCGUAUUGCAACUUACUGUAGAUAUCAUCUUUGUGGAUACCCUAGUCGCUCUCUCCGGUGCGCCCUAUUUUUUCGCAUCUACAUCGCUCCUACCAAAAAAAAGCGGAAGACAGGCCGCAAAACCCCAAAGGGUUACUCGAGUGUUCGAACUGGCGUCGUGGGGCUUCCCCGUGUCUGCUCGUCGACAUCCCGCUCUCGGGAGUAUCAAAAA